AUGGUUUUCUUCUUGUUUAUCACCAGAAAAUCGCUUGAUGAAUGUAUUGUACAUGCCAAAGUACCUCUUCUGGAUAAUCCUGAUGCAAGCUUCUAUUUCUAUGAACAGUAUGCCAUUAGUCAAUUGAAUAAGUUGGAAGAUAGCAUUUGGGAGCGGUGGACAAGGAAAAAGCAUCAUGAUAAGUCAAUCAGGAGGUCCAUAGAUGGGAACUCCAGAACUUCCCCUCAAAAGGACACGUUUGAUGGAAGUAGACAAGACAUCAAUGCAGCUAUUGAUCAAAUUUGUGAGUUCACAGGAACUAAGAUCAUUUUCUGGGACUUGAGGGAGCCAUUCAUUGACAACCUAUAUAAGCCCAGUGUUUCUCAGUCUAGGUUGGAAGCAAUGAUUGAUCCACUUGAUACGGUACUUAAUCAACUGUGUGAUAUAAUUGUGGAGCCGCUUAGGGAUCGCAUUGUCACGGGCCUCCUUCAAGCAUCACUUGAUGGCUUGCUCCGGGUUAUACUGGAUGGAGGCCCAUCACGUGUUUUUUCCAUUGGUGAUGCUAAGCUACUUGAAGAAGAUUUAGAGGUCUUAAAGGAAUUCUUUAUUUCUGGAGGGGAUGGGCUUCCUCGUGGAGUAGUUGAAAAUCAAGUAGCACGUGUUCGACUGGUGAUAAAGUUGCAUGGCUACGAGACGCGGGAAUUGAUUGAGGACUUGAAAUCUGCUAGUGGAUUAGAAAUGCAGGGAAGCAAAAGCAAACUGGGUGCUGACACCAAGACCCUACUGAGAAUAUUAUGUCACAGGAGUGAUUCAGAGGCUUCUCAGUUCCUGAAGAAACAAUACAAGAUACCCAAGUCCGUUGCUUGA